GCAGACCACCAUUAAACGAACAGGCAGCAACGAUUUUGGGAGUUCAAGCACCUGGUUACAAGACAUAUACCAUAAAUCUUACAAAAUUUAUCACACACCUGCAUUCUAAAGUCGAGCCACAAACUAUUACAUCGUACCUAGCCGCAUUACGGCACUAUCAUGACAUGAAUCACAUGGACUGGAGCAAUGUACGAUACGACCCUUUAAUUAAACAACUACUGAAAACAAUACAAGGCAAUCACACAUUUAAAGUAACUCAACAGAAAGAACACAUUACGAGGGAACAGCUACAGAAGAUGAAAUUAAGGCUGGAUCUGGCAGAUGCGGAUGAUCUCUUGUUUCUUGUGGUAGCAUUAGUAGCAUUCUAUGGGUUGGCCCGAUUGGGUGAACUUUUACCCGGAUUACUACAGGACACGGCAAAGAUACCA